AUGUGGGGAACACUGAAUUUCCAUCUCCGGAGCGAAUACAUUGAGCAUCAGCAACGGAGUACCGCUAAGCAGGCCUCAAUAAGGGAACCUUCCGCCACUAUUCCGAAGUCCCCCGCCGCACCAGACGCCGAACUGUAUGCGGAUCAUAUCGCAACAGAAGCGGCUUUCCAGUUCCUUGAUAAGCCGCACCUCCACAGUGAUGCACUAAGUGUUAGAACUACUCGUGGACCUGAUUACAUUCACCCCAACGCCCAUCCGGAACCCCGAAGCGACCCUGCUAAUUCACGCCAUCAACACUGCACAAUAAUUUGGCUACCUAAGCGCUGCGCAGUGUGUCAUCAGCUUUUGGAUGCUCGGAGUGCGCCAGCUAAUGCCUGCUUUCUUGGAAGUGAAGCUGUGGGUCAACUCCUUAAGUGCAAGUAUGGGUUGGUGUAUCAUCUUUGUGGGCUCAUUCAUCUUGGGGUGUUUCGAAGGUCUCAGUAG